AUUUAUUUUUCGUUGUUCUGUAAAUUCUAUGAUCUGUGAGUUCCUUAUGAGCUUCCCAUACAAAAAGGAGUGUAAUAAUACGGGUAAUAUUCUGAGUGUGGAGCUUCCAUAAUACCACAGAUUAUGAACUAGUUCAUAAUCAAAGAGUAGUGUGAUAAUAUGUUCAUAAUACAAAUAGGCAUUUAUAAAAAUUUCCUUUAGUGAAUUUUUUAGAAUUUUGAUUUUUAAUCUUAUAUUAAAUAAUUAAAAAAUAAUAGAGGCGAUGACAUUGUUAUGAAAUGACGCAAAAUCCCCUGUUUACUUAUUAUAUUUUAGUGACUUGUGAAUUAAAAACCUUUUUUACGAUAAUGAGACGGCGGCAAAUAAAAUUUCAAUAUAAAUAAAAACAACAAACAAUUUUUUGCUGGUCUAAUCUAUAACUAUAAAUGCGACAGGUCACAGGAAUGGAUACAAUACCAAAACCACGAAAAAGAGACGCUAACUUUACUCAAGAGGAAAAAGAUUUACUGUGCUAUCUAGUUUCAAGAAACCCAAUAGUUGAAUCAAAAUCAACUGAUGGAGAAACAAUUGCAAAGAAAAAAGCAGCUUGGAAAUGUGUUGCAGAUGAAUUUAAUUAUAAUUCUCAUGUUCACAAGCGUCAUGUCACAACAUUAAAACGUGCAUGGGAAAAUAUGAAAUUUCGCAAAUCUUUUAAAUCUCAAAUUGCAAAGUGUGAAUCUGUUGUAAAAAAUGAAAGCAUAAGGCCGAAUAUUGAAUCCCCCAUUCCUAAUCAGCCAUUGCCUACUUUACAAAAAUUGAAAGAGGCUGCUCCUGACACAGUACCUGAAUUUGAAAACUAUUAUGAUAGUGAUGGGCCUAAUUUUAUAGAAAUAGAAUGUAACAUCUCACAAACCAGUGCUUCAAAUGAGAAUCUCAGUUUUAAUACCACAAAUGGGAGUCAUACCAAUGAGCCAAAUGAUAUUCCAUCUGAUAUAGUAUCUCAAGAGCACCAGCAGAACUUGUCUCAGAAUCAUAUUGACAGUUAUAAUGAUGUGAAGGAUUUGAGGAUAAAAAAAGAAAAUUUUAUAAAAAUGAGACACUCGGAUACAAAGAAAAAUAUUGAAAUGCAGAUAUUAAGACUCAAGUUAGAGACAGAAAAAGUAAGGAAACGAACAGCAUUAUUGGAAGAGGAGAGAAACAAAAUUCUUUUGGAAAAAGCUAAAUUAGAACUGGAAGCUAUACAGAAUAGUUUUAAGGACAAAUAAUGUUAAGUUAUUCAGUGGCAUAAAGUCUAUCCACAUC